ACCGAACGAACGACCGAGCGGUCGAACGACCGAGCGAACGACCGAACGAGCGAACGAACGAACGACCGAGCGAGCGGCCAUGAGCUACCACUUCCAGGCUCCCUCCACCGUCUCGUCAUACCGCCGGACGUUCGGCGGCUCGGGCGUCAUGGCCCAGCCAAAGUCGUUCUCCUCCUCGCGGUUCUCCUCCGAGAAGAUCCACUCUAGCUCCAGCCGCGUGCUCAGCUCGGGCGCCCCCAGGGCCUCCUCCUUGUCCUCCUCGUCGGCCGCGGCCGCCGCCGCCGCCUACCUCUCGUCCGGCGGCCUCGGCGGCGGCCUCGGAGGCCUCGGCGGCGGCCUCGGCGGCGGCGGCGGCUACUCGCUGUCGUCUGCCGGCGUCGGGGCCGGGGCCACCGGCGUCGGGGCCGGCGUCGGGGCCACCGGCGUCGGGGCCGGCGUCGGGGCCCGCUUCAGGUACGCCCAGCCGCAGCCGCGGGCCUACGAGACGCUGGACUUCGAGCUGGCGGACGCGGCGAACGCGGAGUGCGCGAAGGCCCGGCGGAGCGAGAAGGCCGAGAUGCAGCAGCUGAACGACCGCUUUGCCAGCUACAUCGACAAGGUGCGCUCGCUCGAGACGCAGAACCGGGCGCUCGCCGCCGAGGUGAACCGCGCCAAGGGGCAAGGCCCCGCGCGGGUCGCCGACCUCUACGAGGAGGAGAUCAGGGAGCUGCGGCUGCAGGUGGACCGCCUGGCGGGCGAGAGGGCCCGGGCCGACGUCGACCGGGACAACCUCGCCGACGAGCUCGCCAAGCUGCGGCAGAGGAUGCAGGAUGAGAUUCAGCUGAAGGUGGACGCUGAGAAAAGUCUCGCGGGAUUCCGACAGGACGUGGACGAUGCGACUCUGGCACGAGUUGACUUGGAGAGACGGAUUGAGUCGCUGAACGAGGAGAUCGCCUUCCUCAAGAAGGCUCACGAGGAGGAGGUGCGUGAGCUGCAGGCGAUGAUGCAGGAGCAGCAGCAGGUGACUGUGGAGGUGGACACUGUGAAGCCGGACCUGGCGGCCGCCCUGCGGGACGUCAGGGCUCAGUACGAAUCCAUCGCCUCGUCGAACCUCCAAGAGGCUGAAACGUGGUUCCAGUCCAAGCUGGCGGACGUGACAGACACGGCAGGACGGAACAAGGACGACCUGAGACAGGCCAGGCAGGAAGUCUGCGAACAGCGCCGACAGAUUCAGAGCUACACCAUGGAGGUGGACUCACUCAAGAGCGCUAACGAGUCGCUGCUGAAGCAGAUGCGAGAGAUGGAGGACCGCUUCUCAGCCGAAGCAUCCGGCUACCAGGAGGCCAUCAGCUCGCUGGAGGAGGACAUCCGCCGCCUCAAGGACGAGAUGGCGAGGCACCUUCGACAAUACCAGGAGCUGCUGAACAUCAAGAUGGCCCUGGACGUCGAGAUAGCCACCUAUCGCAAGCUGCUGGAAGGGGAGGAGAGCCGAAUCUCCACCCCCCUACACUCACACUUUGGAAGCAUCCAUAUCCACGAGAGCAGCCCUGAACAGCAGCAGCAGCAACAGCAGCAGCUGGCGAGUGAGGUGAUGGCGAAGAAAACGGUGGUCAUCAAGACCAUUGAGACUCGUGACGGCGAGGUGAUCAGCGAAUCCACUCAGCAGCACGAAGAAGUCUCCUCCUAGAAGUGUCCCCUAGAAGUGUCCCCUAGAAGUGUCCCCUAGAAGUGUCCCCUAGAAGUGUCCCCUAGAAGUCUCCUCCUAGAAGUCUCCUCCUAGAAGUCUCCCCUAGAAGUGUCCCCUAGAAGUCUGCCCUAGAAGUGUCACCCUAGAAGUCUCCCCUAGAAGUGUCCCCUAGAAGUGUCCCCUAGAAGUGUCACCCUAGAAGUCUCCCCUAGAAGUGUCCCCUAGAAGUGUCCCCUAGAAGUGUCCCCUAGAAGUGUCACCCUAGAAGUCUCCCCUAGAAGUGUCCCCUAGAAGUGUCCCCUAGAAGUCUCCUCCUAGAAGUCUCCUCCUAGAAGUCUCCCCUAGAAGUGUCCCCUAGAAGUCUCCCCUAGAAGUGUCACCCUAGAAGUCUCCCCUAGAAGUGUCCCCUAGAAGUGUCCCCUAAAAGUGUCACCCUAGAAGUCUCCCCUAGAAGUGUCCCCUAGAAGUGUCCCCUAGAAGUCUCCCC